CUGAGGAUAUUGAAGACUGGCUGCGUUUACAAGUGAUCACUGAGGGAGCCGGGAGAAAAUCCCGCGCAGCCGUAGACGGGCUUGCAGUGGCUCCUGCCCGCCGCUGGGGAUCGCAGGGGCCGCUGGGUUCGCCCCGCCCCCGAAGGGUCAGAGGUUAACGGGCAGCCAAGGAGCGGCUGCGCGCCGCGGUUUCCCAGUCCCGAGAGGAUGGCGCCGCCAGAGCGCUGUCCUCUGUGCCGCCAGACCUUCUUCUGCGGUCGCGGACACGUCUACAGUCGCAAGCACCAGCGGCAGCUGAAGGUGGCUUUGGAGCGGCUCCUGCCGCAGGUGGAGGCCGCCCGGAAGGCCAUCCGAGCCGCACAGGUGGAGCGUUACGUGCCCGAGCACGAGCGGUGCUGCUGGUGCCUGUGCUGCGGCUGUGAGGUGCGGAAACACCUGAGCCACGGAAACUUGACCGUGUUGCACGGGGGGCUGCUGGAGCAUCUGGCCAGCCCGGAGCACAAGAAAGCAACCAACAGAUUCUGGUGGGAGAACAAGGCUGAGUUCCACAUGAAAGAGAAGUUUCUGAUCUCCCCCCAGGAUUAUGCACGAUUCAAGAAGUCUAUGGUGAAAGGUCUGGAUUCCUAUGAGGAAAAAGAGGAUGAGGUGAUCAAAGAGAUGGCAGCUCAGAUCCGUGAGGUGGAGCACAGCCGGCAGGAGGUGGUUCGGUCUGUCUUAGAGCCUCAGGCAGUGCCAGACCCAGAAGAGGGCUCUUCGGCACCUGGAAGCUGGAAAGGAACAAACAGCCAAGUAGCCUCCACCUCACAGCAGCCCUCAUACUUGGACCUGCCACCAGCCCCAGAGCUUGACUGGAUGGAGACAGGACAAUCUCUGACGUUCAUUGGCCAUCAGGAUACACCAGGAGUUGGUAACAUCCACUCAGGUGCCACACCUCCCUGGAUGUUGCAAGAUGAGGAAUACAGCUCUGUGAACCAACUAAUAGGACCCUCUUAUGAAGAAUUUCUUAAAGAAAAGGAAAAACAGAAAUUGAAGAAACUCCCACCAGACAGAGUUGGGGCCAACUUUGAUCACAGCUCUAGCACCAGUGCAGGCUGGCUGCCCUCCUUUGGCCGGGUCUGGAAUAAUGGACGCCGCUGGCAAUCCAGGUAUGGGCCCAGUGUCAGGACACCAACCCAACACCCCUUUGUAUAUCUAAGCCUGUGUCCUGCUAACCCUUCCUUCCUUUCAGACAUCAAUUCAAAACUGAAGCUGCAGCAGGAAACAGUCAUAUAAAGAAAAAAAGCUAAUGGUUUCCUGAUGUGUUUCCAGCAACCAUAAGGCUCAAAACCAAGUCAACAAACCCAUACUUGCUAUAUUAUCCUUUGUAACUACUUUUCUUAGGAAAACAGACAUACCAGCUUGUUUGAUUUAAUAAAGUUUUAUUUUUCAAAAUG